GUAAAAUAGGAGGAGGAAAGAAAAAACUGUAGUUAGAUUAAAUCCUAAACAAAACCUAACCACAUCGAAGGCUCGUCCUCAGAACAAGGAUAAGUUGAUUUUAAGUGAAAGAAGAAGCAUAUUUGAUUCAUUCAUAAUUUCAUAUUGGGAUCAGGUAAGUGAUGGGGAUCAGAUUCAUACUAAUGGUGAACAAGCAAGGACAAACACGUCUUGCACAGUAUUAUGAAUACCUAACCAUUGAUGAAAGACGUGCCCUUGAGGGUGAAAUUGUUCGCAAAUGCCUUGCCCGCAACGAACAACAGUGUUCGUUCGUGGAGCAUCGUAACUACAAAAUUGUGUACAGGCGAUAUGCAUCGCUCUUUUUCCUAGUUGGAGUUGAUAAUGAAGAAGCAAGUGGAACUCGAGGUGGGAUAGUAAUGAUGUGGGAUAGCAGAAUAUGGAACGGGAAAUUACAUGUACAGGAAUGCACUCUAACCAGUUAUUUCAUGGCAAUGACUCAAGAUUUUCGCUGGCACCUAUCUGGGGUAUAUGGACCAAACAGCAAAAAAGAAGGGCAAGAUAUGUGGGAAGAAACUUACGCAGCUAGAGGCUUCUAUGGCGAUCUCUGCGUGAAUGAACUAGCUAUUUUGGAAUUCAUUCACCUCUUGGUAGAAACCAUGGAUCGUCAUUUUGGCAAUGUGUGCGAGCUAGAUAUCAUGUUUCAUCUUGAGAAAGCACACUUUAUGCUGGAGGAGAUGGUGAUGAAUGGGUGUAUUGUCGAGACAAGCAAGGCGAAUAUUCUGACUCCAAUUCAACUGAUGGACAAAGCAUCAUAAGUAAUCCACUCUUACGCGCUAAAGGUUUCGAAGCAUCAUGAGAUUCACGACCCUUUCGUUUCGUGAAGUGUCCCUUCUUGUUGUUUGUAUGAGUAAAACAAUCUUUAUUUCCGUUACAAUGCUAAGCAUCUAUUUUGACAAUAUAUAAGGACAAAGUGCUUUGGUUUCUAUACUUGUUGGACAUGGAGUUCUUGAUAGUAUGCUGCUGGCUGUUGUUGUUGUUG